AUGAUGGUUUAUUCAUGGGUAUUCGUUGCAGCUACUCCCGACUUUGAAUGUCAACUACCAGUGGACUACAGAGUUCCAGAUGAACGUGAAUGCAAAACAUAUAAAAAGUCGAUAUCGCUCAAAGAAUGUCAACACUGUUAUUUUACAAUGGAGAAUAACAGUCUUCAAGCGUGUAAAAAUUAUUCAUUUAAUAGACAAUAUUACAUAAAAACACUUGUUGAAGAGUGGUCGAUGGUGUGUGAUCGACUGACGUUUAAAACAUCAGUUCAAAUGAUAUUUUUCACUGGUUUCAUGGUUGGUUCUACGAUUUUGGGGAUUCUAGCUGAUAAUAUCUUACCUGAGAGUCCACGUUGGUUGAUGAGCAAAGGAAGAUUUGAUGAUGCAGAAAUAAUUUUGAAAAAUAUUGCCAAGCAAAAUAAACGAUACUUUGAUCAGGAUGAAUUUGAACGUUUAAAGGGUGAACAAAAAAGUAUUGCUCAAAAUAUUGUAUACUACGGUGUAGCGCAGAGCACAGGAAGCUGGCCAUUUGAUCCUUACGUUUCAUUUGGUGCUAGUGCUUUGGUUGAACUCCUUGCUUAUAUUCUGGUGCACAUAAUCUUGAAGAAAACUGGUCGGAAAAUUCCGUAUUGUUUAUUUGCGGUUAUUUAUUCCAUUGUUGCUCUGCUAGUACUACCUGUACAAAGUUUUACGAUGAAAGACAGUACAGGUCAUAAAACUGCGAUGUUCAUAAUUAAUGUUACAUUGAAAUUUUUGGCCUCAGCAUCCUUUGCGAUUAUUCUCAUCUAUGCGAAUGAAUUGUUUCCCACUAACGUGAGAAACACAGGCUUGGGGUUGGGUGGUAUGGUUGCACGUAAGCCAAUCAACUAA